UAAAAACAAGGGAUGGUUUCUUGAGAAAUACCUUAGAAAACAAGGUUGGAAAAUGAUAAUCUUUUGGAUUAAGAUUGAUCGAUGCUCUUAAAGUAAAUAUUAAAAAUUUAUCUUUAAAUCAAAAGACUUUAGUUCCCUGUCAACUAGAGAAAAUUACUUAACAAGGGGAAUUCUAUCAUCUUUACAAGGCUUUUAGAAAAUGGUCUCAAUGUUUACGUAGGAAAAUCAUAUCUCUGCUGGUCUAUGACAAUCUAAAUCAUUUGGAUGAAGAGAAUUCGUAUCAGGAGUUAAAAGCCACAAAUUAAUAAUAUGUAACAAGUAGUCUGUAACAAGUCAUUUAAUAUUUCAUUUCUCAGUUUUGAGGUAUAAGUAAGAAUGAAUUCUCUUAUUUCAAUACCGAUAAACGACAGUAUUGGCCACCGAUACGCCCAUUUUAUAAAAUCUAUGAAUUGUUUGAUGGAUUACACAGAAACGAGUAGGGUGUAAUGCAUUUUCUAUGUAUUUCUAUAAUAUUUACGACUAAGAUUAUCUCCAUUAAGAGACAUCAUUUACAUAUCAAUUUUCUUUUACUUCUCAGUAUAAGGUUAUGUUUAUAAAUAGCUCUAUUUUCCUUAAUAAACUAAUUAAUAUGGUACAAACUAAGCAUGUCGCAAUAAAAUCAUGAUUUAAGUUACAUUUACGCAAAAUUUCGACAAGUAUACCAACCUGUUUAAGCUAUUAGCGCCUUCUGGUUGACAUAUAAAGAAUCAAUAGAGAGUUAAUUAAGAAAAAUUAAGUUGCAAUUAUUCGUAUUUUUUCCAAAGCAACUCUUGAUUUCAAGUCUUUGAGAAAGAUAGCUCAUUCAAUUUUCCUCGAGCAAUCCUUUCAAUUUGGAAUAUAAAGCUUACAGUAGAAUCUAUAUACCUUUGUCUGCUCACUAAAUAAGAUAAUUAGUGUUGAAUUAUAGAACAUUUUAUUCACUAAAUAGAUGGCUAUAUAUAAAAUUUUCAUUGCUGUAUUAACAUACCGAAAAGUGCAAAUGCUUCUUUGGAAUUAUAUCUUGCUUUUUCUUUUCUCUUGUCUGGGGAGCUUCGCAUCAACAGUUGAUGAAUGUGAUAUUUCGGUAGAAGAGAGAAUUCGUGUUGGAAAUAAAGACAUCACAAGUCAAGAAUGUGUUUCAGACAAACUUGUACAUGUGGCUUGCUAUUCAAUUGACUAUGGCUGCUAUAGAAGUAAAACUGCGGUUCCCGGCUUUCAAUUCAGACAUGGUGACUCUUAUUCUUUUGACAUUAUCAACCCUGAGAGUAAUAAUUUCGCGGAUCCUUAUGAAUGUGCUGGAACUUGCUUGGAAAAGACAGACUGCCAAGGCUUCAGUAUAUUUCCAUCAUCCAGUAGGAAAUGUCUCUUAAAGAGCAAAAGAUUUAAAAGAUCGCAACCACACAACAGUCUCACCAGUUAUAUGCAAUAUGGUGUUCCUUUCAGUUCGUGUAAUACUGGUUCUUGCUUGGAGGCUUCUUAUUCGACAGCUGAUUUAUCUAUUGAAGCAUGCCAUACAUCGUGUAAAGCUGAUACUGAUUGUCUUUAUUUUUCUUUAAACGAAGACGGAUGUAACCUUCACAAAAAAUGUACUAUGAAUGUUAAUAAAGCAAGUAGCGUUGUUUGCUCACGAGAGAGUGUGCUGAUAUUGUCCACCAUCUCUAAUAAAGGGAUAAUCGAUCUCUUAACUGAUUCACAAAAUGAAACUUGUGUUACUAUAAGAGAUUAUGCUCUCACUCUUCGCUUUCCUUUUCCUGGUGUGAACAAACCUCUUGCUCCUCUAACCGUAAAUGUACAGGGAAAAUCGCUAAACUGUCAUAGGGCAAAUAGCAUACAUAACGAUGAGGAAGUAGUUGUCUACACCCACAAUAGUCCUAAUUAUGGAACGAGCUUUGAAGGUUUAUUUCAAAUAUGUAGGUUUAUAUCGUCAAAUGAAAAGAACUGUUCAUUUGUCUGUGAUUGUGGAAGACGCUACUGCGAAGGCGUUUAUGUGAAAUUUUUUCAAAAUACGAAUAAAUUAGAAAUUUGUGAAGUUACUAUCAAUUAAAUGAAAAA